AUGAACAUUCUAAGAGAUAUUACCAUACCAGGACCAUCAGGACUAAACUCUAUAUCCUCGAUAAAGGAACGGGCUGCAGAUAUUGAAUCAAGUUUUGAACCAUCCGAGGAAUCAUCUAGACAAGAUCGUACUGGAAGUCAAAAAGGGAAAACUUUUAGGUAUCAAAGAUCAGAGCGAAUAAAGACGGCAAGAGAAAAAGGUCAUCUAAAUCAAAGUCUUAUGACAGAUUACUUUAUGUUUGUAGAAAAAAUCUGCAAUUCUUUAACGCCAGAUUUGACAGAUAUACCAUUGUCCAGAAAUUAA